AUGAUGCGUAGCCCUCAGGCUGUUGCUGUGCACACCCAGCUCUCCACUCCUCCAAGCUCUGUCGGACAGUCUAGUCAUGAACCCGAUAGCAGUGACGAGUCUCCUCAAAUUAUCGUUCGGGCUCCACCCAGCUCUCCGCCUGACCCUACACCUUACCGCAGCAAGAGACGCAGCCGUACAGUAGCACGUUCCGUACGCUCUAGAAAUCAUCGACGAUCACCACCAUCCAGCGACACCUCCCCUGACUCAGACUCACAUGAGCUCUUUGCAUUUCCACGCCCUCCUUCCGACAUUAUGGAGCGCCUGCCUAGCUUAGCGGGGCGUGCACAAAGAAAGUUUAGGCCUUAUGGGAAGCCCCACGGUUUCGUGCCAAAUGCAUUAGAGCUCCGUUUUUUUCGAAGGUGCCUCGAAUCUGGUGACAAUGAUAUGAGUCUGGCAGAUAUUCAAGCGGGCAAAGAUAUCUUGCAGGAUUGUUUGAAACGCUUGUCUAAGAAAGCUCUCACUCAAGCUGUUGCUGCUAAGGAAGCUGACUGUGAAUCUAAGCGCAUGGCCGUUCUGGGAACAGCUUGGGCAGUCGAGGCAAAGGACCGAUACCAGGCUCUUCUUGAAAUGAUCGUCGAAGAAGAAGUUGAAAGAUAUACUAUUAGCUCUAAGGAAGCUACCUUUCUCCGGACUUUCCUGGUUGGAUGUAGCAGGGAGGAUCUCGAAGUUGCCAAGGACUUCGAUGUGGGUGCACAUAGUCACAAUUCCAGGUCGUUCGCUGUUGCCGACUUAACCCUGAGUCAUAUUGAGGGUGUUAACACUGUCAUGUCGUCUUCGCCAGAGGAUGAUUUUGUAGAUGAAUAUGAUGCCAUGGAGUCUAAUGGCUAA